CUGAGUCCUGCCAGCAUCUGUUCCUCUUUUUUUUUGUAUUGGAACACACACUUAUGUUUCGGCUACAUCUCUUCUCGUGGGGAAUAAUUUGUGCGCUAUACUUUUAUUUGUAACCACCGAACCGUGACCGCGAGUGCGCAAAUGCGCAUCGGUCUGCGCAUCUUUGAAUCUACAGAACUACACUGUGGACAAUCUCCCUGACAUCCAGAGACCUCUCUCCUCCGCAAUCCGACGAGGCUUCUUCACCGCCUAUGGCCGCACAUCGGCAUCCCUGAGCCGCUGGCCUCGUCCCGGACCUUUUCACCCAUCGCUGUCCUCAGAAAGUCUUUGAAGAAGGGAGGCGUUUUACACAUUUUGUAAAAUUAUCCACCGCUGACAAUUUUUUUUAAAAGAACCCGGUGCUAUGCAGGGCCCAUCUCUCUAGAUCUUGUGAUUAAUACACGAUCUCUCCUCCCACAUUCGUCCGACCGAGACCCUGGUCCUCUCUUCGAACCCCAGCAAUGCAUCCUAACGCAGUGAUGCUGGCGCUGGUCCUUUUGGGGAACUUGAUGCUGCCUCUCAUCUCGGCUCAAAACGCUGGGUUUGUGAAGUCGCCAAUGUCUGAGACUAAGCUUACGGGGGACACCUUUGAGCUGUACUGCGACGUGGUCGGUAACCCCACUCCGGAGAUCCAGUGGUGGUACGCUGAGAUCAACCGAGCUGACUCCUUCAAGCAGCUGUGGGACGGAGCCCGCAAGCGUCGGGUAUCCAUCAACACGGCCUACGGCGCCAAUGGGGUCAGUGUGCUCGGCAUCACGCGUCUCACACUGGAGGACUCUGGGACCUAUGAGUGCCGGGCCAGCAACGACCCCAAGCGCAAUGACCUCCGACAAAACCCUGCCACCACCUGGAUCCGCGCCCAGGCCACCAUUUCGGUGCUACAGAAACCAAAGAUCAAUGCCACCGAUCAGAUCGUCCUGACGGGGGAGUCUCCUGUCAAACCCGUGACCCUGCAGUGUAACCUCACCACCGCCCAUACUCCACACAGAGAGAGCUUCUGGGUGAAGAACGGACUGGAAAUCACAAACACACGGACAGAACUGAAGCACACAUCACACAGAAUCGUUAAACCACGGGCAGAUGAUUCUGGCGAAUACAUGUGUGUUUACACAUUUGACAUGGCACCGAAUGCAAAUGCUACAAUUGAAGUAAAAGCAAAACCUGCAAUCCAUGGUCACAAGCGAAGUGAGAAUAAAAACGAGGGGGAAAAUGCAAUGCUUUACUGCAAGUCUGUCGGGUACCCACAUCCCACCUGGACAUGGCGUAAAAUGGACGGAACAUCUUACACGGACAUCGACAACUCCACUGGUCGCUUCUUCAUCACCAUCAGAGACAACUACACAGAGCUCAACAUACUGAAGCUGGAUAUACUCACCGAUCCUGCCGUUUACCAAUGCAAUGCCACUAGUGUGAUUGGAAACACUGCCGAGACCACCAUUCUACGGGUGCGGAGCAACCUUGCACCGCUUUGGCCUUUCCUGGGUGUGCUUGCAGAAAUUAUUAUCCUAGUAGUCAUCAUCGUUGUGUACGAGAGACGCAAGAAUCCAGACGACAUUAUUGAAGACGAUGAACCAGCGGUACCAAUGAAAACAAAUUCAACAAACAACCACAAGGAUAAAAACAUUCGCCAGAGGAAUGCAAAAUAAGCAAUUUACUCAAAUGAGAUGGCUAAACUGCAGUUUCUGGAGGUAUCAGAGGUGGAGAGAGCUCCGGGCAGUUUCGAAAAAAAGCAUAUCUUGUCUCAUUGUAUGAGAAACAAUAUCAGCAUAACACUGGCAACAAAAAGAACAUAAUGGCUGUCUUAAGCAUGCCUUAUUCAGUCUAUCGUGGAGGUUUCAGGAUGACGAAUAAUGACUAAACCACCACAAAGGUGUACACAUUUUAAUGUGCUGUUGAUGUCUCCUUUAUUGAUUUAAUCAUAUCCUCAAAUGAGGUGAUCCCUUUUGUAUUACAUAUCAUGUACAAUGCAUGCAAGGUAAUUACGCAAUAGGAUACUCAGAAUAGAGAUUUUCUGUUGUUAUCCCCGUGUGGCUUUUUUUGCAUCUAAAAUGACCUAUGUUUUUUAUGGAGUCAUCCCUAUAAUAUAUACAUGUAUAUGUAUAUAUAUACAUAUAUAUAGUUUGUUUUAUUCUUGACAAUUUGUACAGCAUAUCAUGGUCAUUUAACUGUUUGAUUUUGUGACGAUGAGUCCACUUUUAACAGAACUUUUAUUGUGAAGCAACGGCUUCAAUGACUGGCAGUAUUUACAUUUAAUUGAGAGUGCUUACAGAAAAUGACUCCUGUGUGUUUAUCUAUCUAAACGAAAAGUGUAUUAUUAUUUUUUUCUUUCCAGAGUAACUUAGGUGUCUUGUAUAUGUUGAAGUAUGAGUGUUCAAAUGAUAGGAAAUCUGUAAAAGAUUUUUUUUUUUUUUAUAUUUCCCAAUUUCAUUGAUUGAUUUUUACUUUCUAUUUGUUCUCUCUUUAACUGUAUAGCAUGGCUAUAAUCCUAUGCAAUAUGUAUUCUUAAAUAGAUAUAUGGAGGGCAGUUUGUUUAACUCAGUGAAGCUUUAAUAUUGUGGGAUCACUUGGAAGCUGGCAUAGCAACAUUCACGGCUGUAGCUGCAUGACUCCUCUUUCAAUACGAUGUAUAAAUGUGUGUUGCGGUGGGAAUGGGCCGGCGUUAAGGUGGGACCAGAGGGACCAGAGUAUAUAGCCACGAUCAAACAUAUGAGUGAGACCAAUAUUUUUUUUCUGAAUAAAAAUGUAAAAAAAUGAAACCA